AUGGCGGCCAAUGCAAUGGAAACCGAUGAUUUGGGGCAUUUGCCUUCCAAUACGCUGCGUCGAUCUAAUUCAGCGCCAAAUGUAAGCGCAGCAGUAAUGAGCGAGGCUAUUCCUAUCUUCCAGCCGAUACACACCUCAAGACAAAGACGCUUCUCUACAAGCCAAAUGGCUGUGAAUGUGGUUAGUAAAAAUUCCGCGAAUAAAUGUCAAAGGACGUUCAUUGAUUCUAUAGACUUGGUGCCGUUCUUGUGAUCGAUGAUUUGACUGUAAACUGCAUUUAUCCGUUUUUUAGGGAUCUCCCGCGUCAAGAAUAGAGCAGAUCAAACGAGUGAGUACAAUGUAUCGGGGACCUGGCUUUAGACACUGUAAUUUCAGUUGAUUGCUUCAUUGAGAGUUGUUGCUUUCUGCCGUUUGUUAGCAAGCCUUCGAUUCAUUUCUUAUUUAGCUAUCGUUAUUAAGUUAUUUUUUAUGUCUUAGUGUUUUAGAAGGCUGAAGUUUCCGAUUUUUAAAAUUGUCAAGCUAAAAUAUAAACGGUAUUAACACGCAUUGUUUUGUUUAUUAUCGUGUUAGGAAGCAAGUAUAGAUGAUGUUAGUCUGGAGAAACAAGUUGGAAGGUAACUUAAACUUGGUCGACCGGCAACGCAUAAAUGUUCAAUACCUGAAAAUUAUCCACCUUGCAUUUUAAGUUGUCCGCUAUUAAAACCCUCUAAUAAGUCGUUCCUGCUACAGUUUACAGUUAAGUAUCAGAAAUUAGCUUUGAGAGACAUUUGAGACACUUUAGCUCAAUUUCAAGUCCUUGAUGCAAAAUAAAGCUACCAAAACUAAAAUUGCUUUCAAAUUAUGGAAGAGGUAAAUUUACAAAACAAAUUGAAUAAAAAAUAUUUUCAUUUAAUUGAUCUUUCUCUCUCUAAGUUAUUAGAGUUAUUGCCUAUAGUUAUAUUCCAAAUGCAGCUUCUAAACAUUUUGAUACUUUGGAAUAUUGUUUAUUGAUAAUUUACAAAACGUAAGCUUAUCUUCUCCACCCAGAGUCUGAGAAUCAGUCUUAAAAGACAUGUAUGAAAUAUUCUUUGUAAACAAAGGUGUGUGGUAUGACUGUUCAUCUAAGGCCCUCUAUAAAUGAACUCUUAGGUGACCCUCUUUUUUUAAAAUAAAAACAAAAGUAGGGAUGGUGAAAUGAUGACUAGAAAAUGAAGACUGCUUAGAGCCUGUUUGCAUGGAUGUGGGGGACCCCAGAUAGGUGAGGUCACAUGUGGCGGGUCACCCCACCUAACAUGAAUGCGUGAUCAAAUUAAAAUGAGAAAUUAUGUGGAAAGGUGGGUUACCCUACCUAAGCGGGUUACCUCACCUUCCUGGGGUUCCCCACCUCCAUGUAAACAGGCCUUUAGUCAGAGCAAAACUCUCUAACCAUGUCCCAGUGGAGUUAGACUCACACAUGAUCAGCUUGUGUAUCUUUAAACUUUGGGAAAUGUAUGUAUACCAGGUUCAUCCAGAGUCUUAAAUUCUUGAAAAAGUCUUGAAAUUUGCCCAACAAUCUCCCACACUUGGAAAAAGUCUGGAAAAUAGAGAUAAAGUCUUAAAAAAUGGUAAAAAGUCUUGAGUUUUCUUGAAAGUUACAAUAAGUGCUUUACUGGUGAAAGUUUUUUUCAUGCUGGUCAAAUCUUAUUCAAUCUCACUUGUAUGUUUGCAGCACAUCAUGGAAAAAGCUUUGUUCCUUCAUUUUCUGAAAGUUCUCUUUUGAUCACCUAUUUGAUAACCGUGAGUCCGGAAAAAGAAAUUAUUGCUUUGGAAAAAGUCUUGUAUUUUGGAUCCAAGAAUCUGUAUGAACCCUGUGUAUUUGACCCAAGCAAAUAAUCUUGCCUAUCUCCACUGAAAACAGUAAGUGGUGUUUCCUGCUUUGGUUUCACCUAAGGGAACAUCAAGGGUCUCGGGGAAAAAAAUCACCAUUUUCCUCAGGGUUAGUCAUUUAUUGCUAAGAAUUAACAUUUUGUUCCCCUCUCUUUCUCAGUGAACUUCUUCUUUCGCAUUCUCUCAGUGACUGGACCCUACUGGUAAGUGUCUAUUCCAGUAAAAUUGUGUUAAGACUGACUCACAAUAUGCUCACUUUUGCUGGGCUAGCAAAAAAUGAAUUCCAGCUUGUCCUUUGGGUAAGCAGCUCCCUAAUUUUGCUUGCCCAGGGUCACUUCUAGCCCUUCUUAGUGAAUGAUUUUGUUAGAGGAUCACUUUCCUGGACCCUUUGCUAUUGGACAAGUAAGCUUUAAAAGUUACUUGCCCAGCAAGAAAAUCUACUUGUCCUGAACUACCAGGCGGGACUUUUUUGAGCCCUGUUUUAAUAGACCUUAUUCACGAUACCCGCCAUCUUUGCAUGCGCUGUAGGAUUGAUGGGAUAGAAGCAAUGUUACGUGGUAUUUCAGGGGCUAAACAAAAGGUAAAAUCACAGUCGACUUUGUUUGUUCUCUCAAAGCGAAACGACAAUUCAAUAGUCAUGCAAAAUGUAUGGUUUGAGCUUCAACAAAAUUAAGGCCAUUGUUGCUUGCUGUGAGGACAUCUACAAUUGUCACUGCAUUAAAAAAAUAACAGUGAUCACUUCCACCCAUAAGUUGUCAUUAUCAUCUUUAGAAUAAACAGUUGUUCAUUUUCUGUUGUCAAGAAUAAACAAACUCAACCACAAUUUCUUGUAUUGGAAAAAUUUAUCACUUGGUUGCCCCCUGAGAAACCACCUGAGAUCGCUUUUAUCCCAUCAUUCCUUAACCCAUUCGCCCCUGAACCGCCCGCAACCGCCCGUGCGGAUCCAGGUCCUUUCUACCCUUUGUGACAUCAUCAGUUUUAACAGUCAAGGACAACUUUCCUUGCUAACUUGUGCAGAGUGAAGAGAUCUUUCAAACCAUACCAGAAUUAGCACAAUUCAGCCAAGGACACUGGAGAAAGAAGCAAAAAACCACGUGACACUGACCCGAAAAUCUCCAUGAAAAUCUUGUUCCAUUACUCACCUACCUUUCCUUUCACCUAAUCCUAAGAUCCUAAAAGCUUUCCUAAAAACUAUUCCCACUGAAAUGAAGCCUACUAAAUGCCCAGCAAGAGAAGGGAGGAGAGAAAGCGAAAAGUAAAAGUCGAGACUGCUGUGUCACUUUUAAACCCAAAAACUAUCUCAAAAUUUUGCAUUCUGCGCAUGGCCGAACUUUGCAAGCUGAUAUUUUGCAUCUGGAUCAGAAGGCCGGGAAGUGUACGACCUGCAAACCAGUUUGUGGUAAGUUUUAGCCCUUUAUAGCACAACAGUGACCAGAAAACCACUCGACUAGCUUCAAAACGCAUUUUUCGGCAAAAUCUCCAGGAGUGAAUGGGUUAAGGAAAAUCCUUAAAUAAGAACGACCGAGACUAGGUUUUAUGAGCCCACAAGACUGAGCACCCCACCCAAACCCUUGUUUUCACUGAAACAGCUGGAGACCAACCUGGUUGAGGUCAUUGUUAUCUAAGGUCCUCCUUCCUUAACCCUUUAAGUCCCAAUAGUGACCAACAGCAAUUUUCUCCUAAUAAUCUCCAUACAUUGUCAAGAGAUAGGGUUGUGAGAAUAUAAAAAAUGAUCACGAAAGAGAAAAUGCCUUGAUGUUUUACUAAAUUCUCUCAACUAAUUCUUCAAGGAAAUGUAUGGAGAUCAGUUUGGAGAAUUUGUAUGUGGAUACUGGGGCUUAAAGGGUUAAGCACGUGCAAAGAUGGCAGGUAUUGAUAAUGAGGUCUAUUAGUUAGGUGGUGGCCUUAAAACCAAGUUACCAUAAUUAUGUAUAAAGUUUUUGAACAAUGCUGGCAUGGUUAAAUUCUAUCUCUUAAGCUGAGUGUGUAAGAAUUUACGUUGUUAGUAAUUUGAAUAUGUAACAUACUAACAGAUUGUCCUAUCUCCUAGGAUCCUGAUAAGAAUGACAUUCAUAUGUACGAACGAAGAAACUCUUUUGAUGAUCAGAGACAACCAUUCUCAUCACCAUCUUCAUCAUCACCACCCAAUCAGAGAGUGAGUACUUAACCAACUGUUGUAUCUGUAUAAUAUACACAAUGUUCUUACCAGAUGGCGGCAUUCUGGCAUUGCUGCACUUUUUUGGGAAAUGCUGCACUAUGAUUAGCCCAAGGGGUCCCAAGGGCACAAAGAAGGAAAAGAAAUUUAUCACAAAACAUACUUAAGCAUGCAUACACAUACGUACAUUUCCCUAUAAUAUAGGCCAAAAUUUAAUUGGUUAUGGCGUCUUAAGAAAAUAGCCAUCAUUGUCUAAGACUCGGACCUAUGAAAACAUUGAGUUAACUGUACCUAAAGAUUGUGAUCGGCUUUUCUCCCUCAUUACCCCCUUUUAGCUUCUUUAUGGGUCCUGUGCACUCCAGUGUACAAAAUCGUGGUAAGAACACUGAAUACAAUGCAGAUAUUGCAAAAAAAGAAAAGGAAGGGAUAUAGUAACAGAAAAAAAAGUGCUCUUCAGUGUCUGUCGUUUCCAUUCAGUUACUACCACACCCACAAGGUUUCAACUCGGUGGCUCUCCUGUGGAUGAAAAAUGAUUCUUUAACCAUUUUGGCCUCAAAACUGUUGGCUCAACUGUUCAUGAAGAUGCCCACUCAUUUUCCUGGAUUAAAUCCUUCACCCAUAACAAUAACCAAAGAUUAUUGUAACUAUAAGUUUUUGCAAUUUAGUGCUUUAAAAUGGGUAAAUACAUGUACCAGUGGGUGCAGUGAGAACAACCUCAAAGGCGGCUGAGGAUGCUGUAACAAGAAUAAAACAAUAGAGACCUUUAGGUUCUAAGAUGAGGGCUUAACCUCCUUCAAUAAAGAUAUCCGUGCUGAUUUUUUGGUGAAAAAAAAGUAAAAUGAAGCUUCCCCUGCUAAAAAAAACAUCAAUUUUGGGGGAAAGAAUUCAAAUUCCAAUCUUUCAGUCUUGUCAUUUCAACCAUAAAAGUGGUGCACACAUAUGUGUACAUUUAAACUAGUUAUCUGAUAUUAGAUAAUAUACUGAUUGAAAGGUUGCCAGGCAGCUUAUUGAUUGUACUGUCAAAAAGAGGUAAAACAAACUAUUUACCAGAAAAUUGAAAUAUUUGAAGCCUAUAUUUUUUUCAUCUGAGACUUCUAAAGAAUAAUAUGCUUUUUAUCUGUUUGAAUUCUUCUGCCAGGGAGUAACCAUGAGAAAUGCAAGAAGCCUCACUCCAAGUCCAAUACCUAGUCCUACUCGACCAACUUUUACGUAAGUGUAAAAUAGAAGAAUUUUAUUUCUUUAGUCAAAGCUCUCCUUGUGACCACUCUCGUAAGCGACCAGCUCUAGUUACCACCACCUUUGUGAAACCUUGUUUGAGUGGUGACUUAAAUUUUGUAAUGAAAAGCUCUGGUAAGUGACCACUCCCUUAAGCGACGGCGACCACUUUUGGGAUUACCCCACCAGACUUUUCCUUUGUUUUUAAGCUCUUGUAAGCAACCACUCAGAGUCACAUUUGUACAAAUCAACACUUUAAUGAAACUGCACACUGCGCUAAUGAUUGUAAUAUUUAGAUUUGGGGUUGUUUUUGGUCUAAAAAACUGGACAUAAAGUUUAGCCAUGUCAUAUUAGAUAUAAAGACACUCAUUAAACAUAAACAUUUUCUCUGAAGCACUUGUAAGCAACCACCCUCUGUUUUACCAUGCAGUCGCUUACAAUAGCUUCGACUGUAUUGGUGAGGGCAAAUCUAUAAUUCAUUUGGCCUGAUUUUGACUGUAGUGUCCAGGCUGUUGUGUUUUUCACUCACUCUGUUUUCAUGCUUUAAGUUGAGAUACGAACAAGAAGUGAUUUUGAAAAGCAUUUAACUAUAAAAAAUUGUGAUAAAACAUUUCUUAAAAUCAUUUUAAGAUUAAAAAAUUGCUAAAAAGCGACGACGUUUCGACGUUAGCUGAACGUCAUUAUCAAGUCAAAAUAAGUUAGUGAUUUUUGGUCUAUAAAUACUAAAAAAAAAAAACAACAAUAGCUGAUUAAAAAAUUGUAACGUGAGAAAAUAUUAAACAAAGAGUUUCGCACGUAUGGAGUCCGUCUGAAUAUUUAAAUUGGGCUUAAGCUUCUUGAUGAAGAGCAUUUCAAAUACUAAACAAUCAAAUUUGCUCUGGCACUUUCUUAAAACCGUGAAUUGGCUUUCUCUCAAAAGGUUGUUGUUACCGUGAGCUUCUAAGAAAUGUCUACCGAUUGCCGAAUUUUUUGUGCUCAGCAAUGCGUUGAUGAAGGUGUCGGGCUGUGUACCCGACAUAAUCUGCAUCACACAGAUCACAUGAAAAAUGGUAAACAACACACUGCUUAUUAACAAUUGACGGCUUGAUUUCUUUGGCUCUAAGGUCUUGCCCCAAUUUCUUGCUCACGAAAACUGGUUGCAAAGUAGGGCCAAUCUUAUGGCUAAGAUUGCGUAACUGCUUACAAACCGCAUUAGCGGCCACUUGAUCUUUAAAAGGAAGACUAAUUCUUACUGUGCUACUAUCAUCAUUGUUUCUUUCUGCUUUGUUCGCUGAGGAAUUUAGAAAAAGAAACUUUUUGAUAGCAGAAUCAAUAACACUCAUUAGAUAGUCAAGGCAACUAAAUAUAGAGCGCAACUUGGCACAUUCUGCAUUAAAAGCCUCUGUUGUAGACGACAAGGAAUAGGCACGAUGUAUCAUUGUCUGUAAUAAAGAGUCUUUAUAGCGUUUAUCCAUGUAAGUUGAGAUAAGGGGCAAAUUGUAUGUCUCAGCUGUCAAUUUUAAGAAUAAAAUUAUGUUCUGCUUUCAGUCUUCCUGAGACUGGAGAAAUAGUUUUGUAGCAUGUUACUGACUGGGAGGAAUAAUAAGCUUCUUUGAUUGAAAAAAACUGUAACUUAACAAUAAUUCAAAUCAAAGUACCAGAUAUCACAAGUCAAACAAACAGAUAUUAUAAUCUGCCUUCGUGUACGGAGGGUGAGUGGCCUCAAGUGAAAGCCUUGCUCCUAAAUACAGCUAUUUCGAGAAAGGUUGUCGGAUAAACUGCAUGUGACAAUCCCAAAGGGUAUUGUGGGUGGUUUUGAGUUCACUGCUAUUCAAAACAAUUUGAAAGAAUGGUGAGAGAGGCCAUGGACAUAUGUUUGUGAGUGCUAAAGGAAGGCAACAAAAGUCAGAACUUCGACAGCUGCAGUGUCAGGAACAGAGUAUUGAUCGCAUCCCAUAUUACCUUUCGGAUACACAUUUUUUCUGACAACCUUUCUUGAAAUACUUGUACUCUAACUCUACUAAACAUACUUCGAAAAAAACUAGAUCCUGAGCUGUAACUGCAUUUGGCUUGAAAUCAAAUGUUCAGUGUAACUUAGCAUAAAUAUGUCCACGUUAUUGUAAAUUUAGGUGACAAGGAAGCUUAACGAAGCAGGGGGCAUUAUUAAUAGGCUUCCUCAAGCCAGAUUACUUACCUGCUUGAGUGCAAAGUGUGCAGAAAACAAAAACUUAAGCAACAGGACGACUAUCUAUGGGAUAAUUUUUAAGGUGUUUUUGGAGAAACAAUUUUAUAUGGAAGAAGAGCUGUUUUGUGAAAUGACUGGAUUGGUUUGGGUUAUUAUAUGUAAGGUUGUUAUAGGGACCAACUGGAUUUUUAUGCAAUUGUAACUUUUUCUUUUUAGGCGCAGAAGUCUCAGUCCUGUAUGCUUACGACCAAGUAGUUUAUCAUUAAAAAGAAAAUGUAAGUCAACUUCAAUGCCUUGUAAAUCAUGAUUAGGUGUUACCCAUUUUUUGCCCAAUUUCACCAAUGUCUUGCCCAGAAUAUACUUUACACCUGCUUAGGGCCUGUUUACAUGAAGGUGGGGGACCCCAGAUAGGUGAGGUAACAUGUGGUGGGUCACCCCACCUAUCAUGUAAAUGUGAUCAAAUUAUAAUGACAGGCGGGUUGCCCCACCAAAGCUGGUUACUUCACCCAAGUGGGGUCUCCCACCUCCAUGUAAACAGGCCCUGAGACUAGAAGACCAUUUCUUCCUUACUAUGCAUGUCUCCUGGGCUUAAGAAGUAUAAUAUCAUGGUAAUGCUCUGUCUAUUUCUCUUUCUUAUGAACUCAAAAUAUAGUAUGAAUAAGUUUCCUCCACUUGUGAACUCAAUAUGAAUACCUAAGUGUGAAUAAAAUGAGGUUGAAAUAUUGAUAUAAUGGAUCUGCUGCAAAUCCUUGUUAGACAGUGUUGAAUGAUGUUGAAUCGGGUUUGAAUAAUCAUUAGUUCAGUUGUUUUUCAUCCAGCAUUUCAUUUGUUGUUAUUAAGCUGGGGCCAUGUCAGUUGUUGGCUAUGUUUUGAACAGGUUUUGCAACGUGAUAUAAUGCGCAAACUCACACUUAAACUUUGCGUAUAUGGUAUUUAAAUGAUGUGUGCCCUGGAAAAACUAGUGUAAUGAGAAAGAAAACAGAUCUUAUCAGCCCAAAAAUUGGGGUUUGGUACGUAGGCUUCAAAGGAACUCCAUGUUGUAUGGCAGAGCCCCUUUUUUGCCACCUUCAACAAGAUAGAUAAGGAAGGUUUUUCUCCACUCACAGGGUGCUCCUCAUCCUUCGUUUCCCAAUGUCAUUGAACACUGUUUGUUCUAAAAAUGUUUGGUCUGUUGAACAGGUCUUAAAAACAUUAGGGAUCAUAAGAUCUGGUGACGGCGAGAAUGUCAAAAAAGCAUUAGGUUUAAGCAAAACAACAACUUUGCCCAUGCAUCAUGCUUUUCUUGCACAUUUCUUUGCCAUUUUCUUCACUGCAUGACUACGACAUGAAGAUGUCUAAUUUCCCAACCUGUAGAGGAUGUAAACAAGCAACCACAAAACUCUAAGGGAGAUCCCCUAGAAUAAUGGCAAUAAAGGUUGAGAGAACGCGAGUUCACUUUUUAAGUGGCGUUUUCGCUGCCAUUGUCAUCCUUGGAUCUCAAGGUCCCUAUUGUUUUGUCUUGAUUACCCAGGUCCAACAGAAGGCAUAACUGAACCAGGUGUAAGCCCAUCAAAGCGCCUCUGCGACAUUUCACCCAUAAACUGUUCACCUGACAUCGACUCAGAGCACCUAAACUUUGAUGACGAUAACCACAUACACGAAGAUCCUCACAGCUCCUCGGCAUCAGACUCAUCAUCGUCAUCAUCAUCACUGAAUACCACGCCCAUGGUACUUGGAGAGAUUCAUAGACACCCCUUCCCUAUUUGUCGGCCAAAAUUUACUCCUCCAAGGUCACCCCUUGCUGGUCCAUCAACAACACAGAACCAUUCCAGCAGGACGAUAGGAUCUUCACCUUCGUGCUUCACUUUUGCCCCUGUGAGGGAUUGA